AUGGACGCAAGCAACCAAUUGGCUUCUACAACCAGGAGGUCAAGAAGGGCUUUUCACGCGGGGCUCAACUCGUCUGUGCCAUCGCUUGUGCCACCGUUUGUGCCACCUCAAAACAUUCCUUCACAAAUACCUGUCACCGAGGAAAUAGUUCCAUCAAUACAAAGCGCAAGAUACUCCGCACAACAGGAAUAUGGUAUACCAGACAACGAGGGAAACUACAAGUCAUUUUGUACCUUCUCAGACACUGUUCCACCUGAAGCUGGUACACAGUUUCAUGUUACUGAUCAGGGAACCGCUUCUCCCAAAUUCAUGAGAUCAACAAUGUAUUACGUGCCGGAAUCAGAAAAGUUGCGCCUGGUAACAAAGCUCCCCAUGGCUAUCACCGUGCGACCUUUUGCACCUCAAUUAUCCAGCGAAGAACCUGUUCCGACUGUUGAGAUUCAAACCUCCGCCAUACAGGGCAAUACCACUGAUAAUAAUAACAACAACAACAACAAUAAUGAUGAUGAUGAUAGCGAUCCGCUUAGUGUUGGUCCUUUGAGAUGCUACAGGUGUCGAACAUACAUCAAUCCCUCGAUGCAAUUCACCCACAAUCAAAAAUGUAUUUGUAAUAUUUGCCAAUUUGCAAAUAAUUCUGUACCUCAGGAAUAUUACGCUCCAUUGGAUGCUCGAGGGUACAGGGUGGACAAGUUUGUUCGCCCUGAAUUGCACAAAGGUGUCUACGAUAUUAUAGUGCCAGUAGAGUAUAACUUUCUGAAAAAAUCUCCAGAGACUUUGCAUAUUGUAUUCCUUAUUGACAUAUCUGAAAACAGCAUAAAGCAAAAUCUUCCCAUGUUGGUGGCAGAGUCUAUAAGAACAACUUUGUUCAAUUAUAGCAGCAGCAGCAGCAGCAGCAGCAGCGGCAGCACCACCUUCCCUUACAAGAUAGCCAUAAUUGCGUUUGACAAAAGAAUACAUUUCUUCAACAUAUCUCCCAAACUUGAAAAGACUCAAAUAAUAAUUUCCUCAGAUUUGGAUGAUCUUUUUGUCCCGUUUGAUGAAGGAUUAUUUGCAGAUCCACAGGAGAGCCAGUAUGUCAUCGAGGAUGCUCUUAACCACAUUGAGCAAUUGGGAAACUCGUCUACUCAUGUAGCCGACUUGGAACCAUGCUUUGCAACGGCUUGCAAAACUGCUGGAAUGUGUUUGGAAAUGCAUGGAGGAGGAAAAAUCGUCUCUGCUUUGUCGAAUUUACCCUCAUGGGGUCCAGGUGGCUUGAAAUAUAAGGACAACAAGGCAGUGGGAAGAACACCUUCACCCGAAGUUGAAAAGAGAAUAUUCCUUUCAGACAAUGAGUAUUGGAAGUCAAUGACCAAGGAGUUUGUUGAAAAAAGCAUAGGAAUGGAUCUCUUUAUUGUUUCUCACACCUCGGUCGACCUUUCAAAUGUGGGAUAUUUAGUAUCAGCAACAGGUGGAGAAAUCUCGAGAUGGACAAAUUUAAACUAUGAAAGAGAUGGAAGAUUAUUUACCGCCAAGUUCAGAAGUAUGAUUUUAGACACAACAGGGUAUCAAGGUCAACUCAAGUUACGUUGUUCAAAUGGCCUACAGGUGGCCCAAUAUUACGGCACAUCUUCAUCCAUAUACGAUUCCAGUUCAGUGCGAGACCCAGUUAUUCCUAUCCUUUCCAAGAACCAGGCAUUUACAAUUCUUCUUUCUUAUGACGGACAGCUUAGCAAAAAGUUAGAUUGUCAUUUUCAAGCCGCGGUACUCUACACAGACCCAGAAGGUACAAGAAAAGUAAGAGUCAUAAAUUUGGUUUUAGCAGUAACCCCAAAACUAGAAGACGUUUUUUACUUUGCUGAUGAAAACGCCAUAAUAACCACAUUGGCAAGGGACACGAUUUCCUUUAUUGGUAAUCAAACUUUAAGCGAGCUUCGUGAGUCAUUGAACAUCAAACUAGUUGAUGUGUUUACGCAAUACCGGGCGAUGAAUGAGUACGGACAUAAUCGGGCUCGUACAUUAACCAGCAAGUUACUUUUCCCUGACGCAUUAAAGAACUUGCCUUUGCAUAUUUUAAGCUUUUUAAAAACAAACUCGAUUAGAGCAUCAACUGGUUUAUCUGCGGAUACACGUUUGUGCGAGGUAUUCAAUAUGUUGAACAUGCCCUUGGAAAGACUUAUGUAUCUGUUAUACCCGGCAUUAGUAGAGUUGCAUUCACUUGAACCCGAAGAAGGUACGAUUGAUGAAAAUACGGGCUUUACAAUUGUCCCGCAGUAUAAAGAACUAUCCAUAAACAGUCUCGAUCGUGGUGUUUACAUUUUAUGUGAUGGGCAGAGAACUUGGAUCUGGAUAGACCCACAAGCAAAUAUAAUGUUGAUCAGGGAUUUGUUUGGCAAACUGUAUGAGACAGUGGAGGAGCUCGAUGCUUUAAUGGAUGAACUACCAGAACUUCCAUCAGAGAUAUCGCAACAAGCACGCAAUCUUGUACGUUUUUUCAAUAAAGAGAUUGUUGGUGUAGACUCAUCAAGUGUGCAUAUAGUUCGUAAAGGUAUCGAUGGGGCCGAACAGCACUUUAAAGAGUUUUUGAGAGACGAUAAUAUAGGUGGAGCUAUAAAAGCUGCCAAUGGUCCAAGUUAUGGAGAAUAUCUCACAAACUUACACAAAGCAAUUAGAGUGCAAUUGGACUCAGACAAAGCAGCCCAAACUAUCAAGCAAUCCAUAUCCAAUGUUGAGCAUGAUACUGAAACCUUGGCACAAAGGUUUAUCAAUUUUUAG